AUGGCUUUAAUCAUGAUUGGAAGGACACUGACGUACCUGACACGAAAUGUACACGCCUCACGGCAACAGGCAGCUGGCAGAGAGGUGGGACAGGAGGACUGUAAGAAGUACCUGAAAAGAAAGCAGGAGCAGGCGGACCAGCCGCUUCAAGUGCCGGCAGUAGACAGCAGUGUGCCGAAGACGUCAGAACUGAUGGGCAUCACCACCAGGGACGAUCCGUACGGGAACGGAACAGAGAUGUUUGAUGCCUUCAUCUGCUACUGUCAGAAAGACCUUCAGUUCGUCCAGGAGAUGAUCAGGGAGCUGGAACAAACAGAGUUCAAACUGAAGCUCUGUGUAUUUGAUCGGGAUGUCUUGCCAGGAACGUGUGUGUGGUCCAUCAGCGGAGAACUUAUAGAAAGGAGGUGUCGGAGGAUGGUGGUUGUCAUUUCAGAUGAUUACCUGGAAAGCGAUGAAUGUGAUUUUCAGACCAAAUUUGCUCUUAGUCUUUCCCCAGGCGCUCGUCUCAAACGGCUGAUUCCAGUCAAGUGCAAAACCAUGAAGAACGAGUUUCCAAGUAUCUUACGGUUCAUUACCAUUUGCGAUUACACCAAUCCUUGCACCAAAAUGGUUCUGGACGAGACUGGCAAAAUCCCUCAUGCUGCCGUGAUGCGAAGUCAUGAGAGCUAGGUGCUCUUUUGUAAUCUAUCCCGGCUGGGCCUUCGGACCGCGGUGUUGUUCGCGCGGGGUCUUUUACCGCUUCAGAACCUGGAUGCUUGCAAUCGGUGUUCGGAGCCUGCGACCGGGAGCAAAGAAUUUUUGUCUAGCACUUUUUAUAACUCGGAAGGGGAA